CAGCUGCCGGCCUUCGCAUCCCUGGGCACCGAGGUCUGAAAGUCCACCCGGCUGGAGCAGCCGAGACCCUGGAGGACGUGGCUGAGCAGCAGCAGAUGAAAACUUCCUUCCUCUCCGUGCAGCUGCGGCCCACCCCGGCGCGCGCCCGCCCCGCCCUGGCUCCCGCCCUGGCUCCCGCCCGGACUGCGGCCGCAGGGGGCCCGGAGCAGGGACGCUCUCUCCCGGGCCCCGGGACCGGCUUCUCGGCAGGCCGGGCCCUCGGGCUCCCGCGGGGCCCGGCUGCCCCUCCCCCGCAGAGGCAGGGCCGUGGGACAGAGGCACCAGCUGCUCCCAUUUGCUCCGCUCCCGAGGAGGAGAAAGAGGGAGAGGAGAAAACCCGGGACGUGGAUGCAAGCAGGGGGCGCGCUCGCAGAUCCCCCGCCUCCGGGACCCGUGGACGGCGGCAGCCCCGGCCAUGCAGACCCCCUAGGCCGGCUCGCGGCAUGGGCGACGGUGGCCGCAGUCCCUCCGCGGGCUGGAAGCCCUGGCCGGGCGGUCCCGCCCCGCGGCACGUGUGGGGCACGGACCCGCAGGCUCAGGACGCCGUGGGAGGCUCCCUUCCCCAGGCCCAGGCCGCCGCCGCGGCUGAAAGCCCCGGGUCCGGGGGAGGUGGCGAGGCGCCCGCCCCCUGCCCGGGGUGCCCGCGGAGCGCUGAGGGCUCGGGCACCUCCACGCGGCCCAGGAGCGCCAGGCUCGGCAGGCAUCGUGCGCUCCUCCAGACCAGCAGGAGCUGCCCGGCCCCGCCUGCCGCCCUGCCUCUCAAGGCAGAGACAUUUGUUUGGGUUAACAGUACAUCAGCACAUUCCCAGAGUGUUGCCAAGGCCAAAUAUGAAUUUUUAUUUGGCAGAUCUGAAGAGAAAACUCCAGAUACUAGUGAUCAUGGAGGAAGCACUCUACUCCCCCCGAAUGUCACAAAUGAAUUUCCAGAAUAUGGGACCAUGGAGGAAAGUGGAGAAGGCCUAAGAGCCUCUCUCGAGUUUGAUGCUGAAUCUCUGCCGUGCUGCCCUCAGGCGCAGCAGAGGGUCCAGCCUCUUGCUGGCCAUCCCUCUGGGCUUCUCAGUGUUACCAGAGGACCAAAAGAUGUCAGAGAGGUCCCCUCUCAAAGUCAUCUCAAGGAACAGAGUUUACAACCCAUUGACUCUUUGAUUUCAGCUCUGAAAGCCACAGAAGCCAGAAUAGUUUCAGGAACACUGCAGGCUACAAAGGUACUGGAUGGAGAUGCGGUUUCUACUUUUUUAGUUCAGCAGGUGGAACAAGAGCCAGACACUGCCAGUCAUAAAACACAGAGAGCCAACACACUGUUCCCUGCUGGCCGAGAAAAGUCACCCGAUAUACCUCUUUCAGCUGAAGUUACGACUGAGGAAAAUUUUUAUUUGAGCAUCCAGGAGGACCUGACUGCACUAUUAACUGGAGAAACUCAAGCAGAGAUUUCCCUAAGAGCUAAUAAUGGGAGAAAGGGGGCUGUCCAUGUGCAGGAGCCAGCUUGUCCAGCAUCCUCCGUGGGGAGCCCUGUGACCCACAGCUCAGUGGGCAGUGCUGGUUUAUUGAGAGAGAGGAGAUCUGAUCAGGGCAGAGAGCACCCAGAGCAGUGUGGUAAAGGCAGCUCCUCAGGACGCCCAGGCCAUGUCAAACAUGUGGAAUUUCACGGGGUGGAAAUAUUGUGGACAGGAGGGGAGAAAAGAGAGACAUGGCAACCUGUGGAUUUUCAGACAUCAUUGGAAAGGACAACCCUUCCUGAAAGCAAAGAGUUUUCUAAAGUGCCAAGCCAUCUCGUCUCAUCUGCUGGUUUGUGUGAUUCAGCUGGUUUAACUGAGAGUGUUUGGGAUGACACCUGGAGAGCUCCUUCAGAGAGGCUGGCCACUGGCUCAGAGCCAUUUCUGCCUGAGCCUCUUCUUGAGAGUGGAGAGGAUGAAGUCUUCCUAAGGGAAAACAAGGACCAUCCUGAGACGAAACCUGAAUUGGAAGGAGACAGGGAAAGGAUUCUUGAGCAAGAGGAACACCUUCGGGCCAGAGAUGAUGAUAUCCUUGGGUCCGGUUGUGCAGAGGACUCCACUGAUGUGUACAGCUCCCAGUUUGAAACCAUUUUGGACAACACUUCUUUAUACUACAGUGCUGAGUCCUUGGAGACUUUAUAUUCAGAGCCUGAUAGCUAUUUUAGCUUUGAAGUGCCCCUCACUCCAAUGAUACAACAGCGCAUUAAAGAAGGCGGUCAGUUCCUGGAGAGGACAUCAGUGGGAGGACAGCAGGACGUCCUGAGCAUCUCCGCGGAUGGUGGAAUAGUGAUGGGCUAUUCUGGUGGGAUCGCCAAUGGGCUGAGUGGCUCCAGUAACUCCACCUACGCGAAAGGCACCUCAGAGAUUGCUUUCUGGGGAAGCAACGCUGGGGUGAAAACAACACUGCUAGAGGCUCAUUCUGAAAUGGGGAGUACUGAAAUUCUGGAAAAGGAAACCUCAGGAAGUCUCAGUAAUGGUACCAGCAGCAACGUAGAAGCAGCCAAAAGGUUGGCCAAACGUCUUUAUCAACUAGACAGAUUCAAAAGAUCGGAUGUGGCAAAGCACCUAGGCAAGAACAAUGAAUUUAGCAAACUAGUUGCAGAAGAAUAUUUGAAGUUUUUUGAUUUUACAGGAAUGACACUGGAUCAGUCUCUCAGGUAUUUCUUUAAAGCAUUUUCUCUUGUGGGAGAAACUCAAGAACGAGAGAGAGUUUUAGUACACUUCUCCAAUAGAUAUUUUUAUUGUAACCCAGAUACCAUUGCUUCACAAGAUGGAGUCCAUUGCCUCACCUGUGCAAUGAUGCUUCUUAACACAGAUCUCCAUGGCCAUAAUAUUGGAAAGAAGAUGACCUGCCAAGAGUUCAUUGCAAACCUCCAAGGGGUAGAUGAGGGCGGUGAUUUCUCCAAGGAUCUACUGAAAGCUCUGUACAACUCAAUCAAGAAUGAGAAGCUUGAAUGGGCAGUAGAUGAUGAAGAGAAAAAAAAGUCUUCAUCAGAAGGUACUGAUGAGAAGGCUAAUGGAACACAUCCAAAGACCAUCAGCCGUAUUGGGAGUACUACCAACCCAUUCUUGGACAUUCCUCAUGACCCAAAUGCUGCUGUGUACAAAAGUGGAUUCUUGGCUCGGAAAAUCCAUGCAGAUAUGGAUGGAAAGAAGACUCCAAGAGGAAAGCGAGGAUGGAAGACCUUUUAUGCUGUACUAAAGGGAACAGUUCUUUACUUGCAAAAGGAUGAAUAUAAGCCAGAGAAGGCCCUGUCGGAAGAGGACCUGAAAAACGCUGUGAGCGUGCACCACGCACUGGCGUCCCGGGCCACGGACUACGAGAAGAAACCCAAUGUGCUCAAACUGAAAACUGCUGAUUGGAGGGUCUUGCUUUUUCAAGCCCAGAGUCCAGAGGAAAUGCAAGGGUGGAUAAACAAAAUUAAUUGUGUUGCAGCUGUAUUUUCUGCACCACCAUUUCCAGCAGCCAUCGGAUCUCAGAAGAAGUUUAGUCGCCCACUUCUGCCUGCCACCACUACAAAAUUGUCUCAGGAGGAACAGCUGAAAUCUCACGAAAGCAAGCUGAGGCAGAUCACCACAGAGCUAGCCGAGCACCGCUCCUACCCACCUGACAAGAAGGUUAAAGCCAAGGAGGUGGAUGAGUACAAACUCAAAGAUCACUAUCUGGAGUUUGAGAAAACCCGCUAUGAGAUGUAUGUCCGCCUUCUGAAAGAGGGGGGCCUGGAGCUGCUGAGUAGCAGCGGUGGAGGGGGCGCCGCGGGCCUGAAGAAGUCGCACUCCAGCCCCUCGCUGAACCCAGAUGCAUCUCCGGUCACCGCCAAGGUCAAGAGAAACGUGUCGGAGAGGAAAGACCACCGACCUGAAACUCCAAGCAUUAAGCAAAAAGUCACUUAGAAUCCAUCUGUGGCCAGGAAGUGCUGGUCGUGGAGCAAAAUAGAGUUUUUCAAGAUCUUUCUGGUGAAUCCGUGAAUAUAUUUAAAAAAAAGCCUGUGACUAAAUGGUGCAUUAGUAACCUUUCCUAUUGUAUAUUUUUGUUAGUUUCUGUACAGAUUGUCUCUUUGCUCUUGAUUUCUUUGCUUUGAUGAUUUCUGCUACCUGAUAACUAAUGCACCUUUUGUGAGGGGAGGGGAUCAUGAUUUCAGAACGGAUUAUGUAUCGCUUCUCCCUCAGGGUUCUCUCAUUUGCACUCUGCUCAGUUGUUUUGUGUGUUCUCAAAUCAGCUGUUACACUUUUUUUUAAAGGUUAAAGAUUUAAUCCAUUGUGAAACACUUAACUGGACAAACUUUGUAGUUUAGAAAAUUCUAGCCGGAGCUAAUAUAAGCCUUUUCAUGUGAAAUCUUGCCCAGUCACAGAGGUGGAAUCCAGCGCUCGCACUCACAGAAGUUCAGUUAAGAGUUACAGUCACGGAGGUGCCACUCCCCUGUGAGGCCUCACGCAUCCGAGCGCUUAGUGUUGAGUCCGGCCCUGCUGGUGGGGGUAGAGGCGGGCAAGGACCUCAGAACUGGGGAAUUUAAGAAGCACAUUAGGUCGCUUGAAGUGUAGAUUCCAUUUCAGCCAAGCAAGGAAGGAGGAAGUGGCGUCUUUUGAAGGCGGAGGCAAGGUGGCCCCAAGUUCAUUUUGUUUUCUAAAGGAUAGUGGCAACAAUGGACUCAGGGGCUGCAGCAAGGAGCUGUGUUUUUGAUCUGCAGGAAAUUGUUACCUCACUCCCACAGGGUCUAGACAAGGAAUCCAGAGCCGUCUGUGGUGGAUACCCUGCCAUCCGGGAAUUAGGUUCUUUUAUAUAUAUAGGCAUGGUGUUGUCUCCUGGUUGUAAGAAUUUGGGGUCUUCCUAACAAAAUAAUAUCAAAAUGGAGCCCCUUUCAUUCUUUCCUUAACAAAGCAAAAUAAGGAAGGAAAAAGUUGUUUUUCCCUAUAGUUGUUUGGCAAUAGAAUGUUGAUUCUUUACAAUAAAUCUGAAAGGAAUAAAAUCUGAAGGAACUAUGGCUGGAAAACUGAGGAAUCUCCUGGUGACAAACACAGAGUCCCUUAGUCUGUUCUUGUCUCUGUCUCUGUGAAGCCGCUUCACCCUGCUGCACUGAACUGUCCCCUAAAAUAAAUCCUUGAUUCUCAAUCAUUUCUUUGUAUCUGCUCAGAGCAGUCAUAAGCUUAUUCCAGGGACAGUCCCUUUGAAAUUCAGGGUGAUAAACAGAACAUUCUCUUACUGAGGAGGAGAAAGGAGUGAAAGUUGAGCCCACCGUGAGUUAGAACUUUCUGAUUUUGGAACCUGAAAACUUUGUGAUCCUUAAACCUAGUAUCUCCACAAGUUCAGAGCGAAUGGAAUUACUUUGAACGUUCUUUUCUCUCCCCCAGAGAUUUGCUCUUUUCUGCUCGGUUUACUAGUUAAGGUACUGUGUGGCCAGAGGCUCAGGGGCCCUGCGUGGGUAGCAUGGCUCCGGGGAAUUAGAGAAAACCUGCUCCUGAACCAUGGUACUUUCUAGUGGUAUUUUGUUCUGAUGCACCAGCAUUUAUACAGGACUAUUUAUUAACAUGCACUUCCUUCAGCUGUAGAAAUGCCCAUAUUUGCUGGUGCCCAGAAAAGAGAAACCCCUCCCUAAGGUUGUAGCUGCUUGCUUUGUGGUGUUUUUGCCACACAUUUGAAAAACUCCCUCUAACCCUCUAUCUUGUUUAUUAGGUAAAGGCAGUGACUAAAUUUGUUUCAAGACCUAGAAACAAACAGGGUAGUUACCACCAUGGCCCAUGUACCUGAUUCUUUCUUUGUAGCUUCUGACUGAAUCCAAGGUUUCUACAAGGGAAUAGUCUUUCUUCCUACAAUCUGAAUCAUCAGUGUGUGUGCUUUCUGCCUAGAUCUUUAUCCUAAGCAGAGGGGAGAGAGGUACCUAGACCAUAUCAUCUCUGAGCUUCAAUAACUAAAGAAAAAUCAACAUCCCUGACUGGCUUGAAUGUGUGUGCUCCCAGUAUGUGUGUGUCUGUGUACGUCGAAUGUCUCCGUGUGUGUCACUUAGAGUCUGUACCAGACAUGGAAUGGUACCUUGCCGCAGUGUUUAGACACUCGAGCAGCUCUGAAAUGCCCGGUCAGCCUCAGCACCACGACGGCACUGUGCUCACUGUGUGACUCACUAAUGUUCUCUCCAAGAACGUCUGGAUAUGCUAACAGAGAGACAGAUGAGAAGGGCACUUUCGAAGCUGUGGUAUAUGCUGUGUUCCCAGAGUUUAUCUUGAAGAACAACUGCAAAGGUUACUUUGUGAGCCAGGAUCCCAGACUGCCGUUGUUAGGGGAUGGGCUGAGAGCACCUCCCCCUGAGGCCUCUGGACUGUGCGGUGCCAGUGCCCCUCGCAGGCCAAGAGCUUAUCCUGUAGGAGACAAGGCCCUCCUGUGACAGGGUCCUGAGAGCCUUGCCCAUAGCCAACCAGCGUCUCCUCUGUGACCAUUUCUUUCCCGUGGGGUCUAGUCAGGAGGCAUGACUGAAGACCUUCCCCUUCACGGUUCCUCCACGCCUGCCACCCAGUUCACGGUACAGGGGAGCCCCUCCUUCCCUUCUGAAGGUACUGCCCCCCAUCCCUCACCCAUCCCUCAGUGCCGGGAGCCUUGCGAUCUCUCGCCAUCUAAUAAGUUAUUAUUCCUCUUCGCAGAAAUAGACCUAAUAUUAAUUUUUAGUAUAGAAAAUCUUGAGAGUCAUCAAAAUACCUUGGUGACAGUCUGGUUGCCGAAUUGUCCAUAGAAGCAGCCGUGUGCAGAACCGAAGUGUCUCAGGGUGUGUUCCCCCACCUCACAUGUUGACGUUUACAGGGAGGGGUCAGGAAUUCCUUGUUAGAAAUCAAAACCUAAUUACUAGCAUGCAAGAGUCCUUAUUUUAUUGCCAGCCAUAGACAUUAUUUGAAGUUUGCCUUUUACAGACAUCAUUUGCUCUUAGUAAUGCCUGAUUAAACCAAGCAACACUUCUGCACACUUUAACUGCCUCGUGUGGAGAGUCGUCUGGGGGACUGCAGUCCUGGACCGUGUGAACCUUUUCUGUUGCUCUUGCAUAAAGAGGAUGGAGAGCACCUGUGCAGGACCGUCUGUGCUUCUGCGGCUGUGAUCCUUAUUCCAAAGAUGAGUGUUUCCUGGUCAGAAGUGACGUGAGGGAGUUAAUUCUGGGAGAGAAAAAUUGGCUGGCUCUCCAAGGCCAAUCUAGGGUUGGUCUCUUGUGUUCGUGUUUCACCCUGUGGCCAAAGCACAGAACCCCUGAGGCUGGAGAGGGGUUUACAUACCCAGCAGGGAAGGAGCCUCCUGCCGCCCUGGCCUGUUGUCCUUCCAGCACAGAAAGAGCCGGGGAAGACAUUCUUAGGUAGGGCAGGGCUUGCUUUGGCCUGGAGCUGCACCUCUUCUCUGCCUUUAUCCCUAAUCAUAGACAAUUGGAAGAAAAUUGACCUUAAAGAAGUUUCUCCAUUGUCUUACUUUGAACACUUUCUUGGGUAUAGAUAGUGGUCGCUGGAAUUUGAUUCUUUGGCACUUUUCCUCGUAGUCACCCGUGAAGCUUUUUUAAGGCCAAGUUCACAGGGCACUCUCAGCCUUGUGGUCCAAAGCUGUGUAGUGUAGCUCUUGUGGGCCGGGCCCCGGGUUCAGCAGGCCGGGAGCCGCCUUCCUUAGCUGCAACAACGGACAACCUCCUGAUCCCUUCACUUUUCAAUUGUCAGGAGUUUUGCGAAUGUAAGAUUAACGCUGUUAAACAGGAAUCAAAGGGGCUCCCAGGACUUGUUCACAGGAGAGCCUGGUUAAUGACUAGUGUGACUUGGGCUUAACUAGCACCUGCUUCUCUCGCAGAGCGUCUGAGUUACUCUGACAGAAGAUCGGCUUUUGUAAGGAGCUGAGCCUCUGGGCCUUCCUGGUUCCAAAGCUUUCUGGCUGUCUCUUCUCCCAGGCCAACUGCCCGCCCCGGGCAACAGGUGUCUCCAUUGGCCUUGGACAUCUUAUAGUACCAAGUUACCCAGAGGACUUCAGAGACCAGUAGCUCACACAGAAUAACCCAACAGUGAUGAAAGGUGCUUUGUCACCGCUUCUGCUCUCUUUUCAGUGUCUCACUCUCAAAAGGAGGACCAAGGUCCAAAGCCAUUGCCAUUUUCCUUUUGUGCCCAGAGUACCCAAAGCCCAAGCGGGCAGCCUCUGCCUAGGACAGUGAGUGGCCAGUGCCUGCAGAGAGAAUGUCUUCAGAGAGAGAGUGCCAGUAAAGAUGUGAAUCUGCAUGACAGUCUGUGGACUUGACUGCAACAGCAAGAAAAUAAUGCAAGUUAAGUAGUUGUAUAUACAGUAGGUUUUCUUAGGUCUCUUUGGCUCAUCCUUUGUAAUUUACAUGUGUAUCUGUAGUGUUGCAGGCUUUUGGAGAAUAUUGAUAGUAUGUCAGGCAUCAAAGAGUAUGCCUUCUGUCACCUGCCAAUGUCGUAGUUGUGGGUAUUUAUAGUUGUAUGUAUCUAUAUGUAUCAAUGUGUAGGUUGUACAUCAGUAUACGGUAUAUGUACAUCAAAUUUAUUUUUGUCCUUAACCAGUGUGAUAUGAAAAGCAAGUAAAAACCUCAUAGGACUGAAUAUAUAAUGCCGUUUUUGAGAGUCUAUACAGUGGUACUGUUUUAUUAAACUUAAAUUCAAAUGAUA